AAAUUGAGAGAUGGGUUUUUCAGACCUCAAACGCUGAAACCAGUCUUGCAGACGCUGCAAUUGCAAAGCACAACAAGGCUCUCUCUCUCUCUCAAACGCAUUUGCUCUUCAUUGACAAGGCGAGGCUUAUCUACUGAUAUUCUCAGCGGUCCUGCAAUCUUUUAUUUCUGCCUGGUUCUCUUGUUCUAUUCAUUGAUGCUGUUAUCUCAGUGUUGUUAACUCUUUGGCACUCAUGGAAGGAUUUGGUGGUUCUUCUGUGUUCGCCGCUACUGGGUGCACGACAAGGAAGAAGAGGAGCAACACACCUCGAAGACCUCGUACUGAUUCACAUCCUAUUCCAAAUAGCUAUAAUAUUUUGCCUAAUGUUCAACACAUUAUAUCUGCUUGUAAAAAAAAUUGGAAGGACAAUGGAGGCUUUGGAGAUGUCAAUGCAUUUAACAGAAAUGGAAGUGAGAACAAGUUGAAGACGGUAAAGCUCAAGCUUGGAGGUGUUACUCGUACAAUUCACACCAACUCAACAGAGUUUCGUAUUGAUGCUCCUUGGCUUCCGAAGGUUCAGGAAAACAUAGAUAACAAUCGUUCGUGUCCUCUGGAUAUGAGGAAAAGCCUGCACAAAGUCCCACAAAAAGAUUUCUCCAGAGGUGGUUCUGGUUUUGGGGAUGAAUAUUCUACAAGAGGAAAGACUAACGAGGCAUACAAUUCUGAAUUAGUUCGCAAGAGUAAGAGGGUUCCUAAAAGACGUGUCUUGGAUGUGGGAUUCAGUGAUGAUGAUGAAGAUGAGGAAAUUCGGUAUCUUGGGAGACUCAAUGCUUCUAAGGUUGGUACAGUGUGUGAAGACAAGGAAGGUGAAAGUAGGAAAAGUCGGAGGAUUGUGAAUGUUUUGGAGUGUGGUAGAAGAGAUAACGACACAUAUGUUGAUGAUAUAGCAGUUUACCAGUCAUCGAAAUUGGGAAAAUACAGUACAAAAAGGCUCAAAUCAGAGAAAGCAUAUGAAGAUGAUGAGUACAUGGAAGAGGAAGAACCAACAUCAGACGAUGAACCCAAAGUUGAAAGGAAAACAUUGAGAAAGGAAUCUGUUGAUUUAUUUAGAGAAGGUAAGAAGGAAAUGAUUCCAAGUUCAGGGACUGGCAAGACUCUGGUUGACCUCCCAACUGGUUCACUUCCUGCCCCAUGUAAAAAUCAAAAGGAGAAACUCUCUGAAGUUGAGCAGCAAUUGAAGAAAGCCGAGGCUGCACAAAGACGCAGAUUACAAUCAGAAAAGGCAGCUAGGGAGGCUGAGGCUGAGGCAAUCAGAAAAAUACUGGGCCAAGAUUCUGCAAGAAAGAAGAGGGAAGAAAAGAUGAGGAAGCAGCGCGAUGAAGUGACUCAAGGGAAGAUUGCCAGCAGCAUGACACUCGCACGGAGCACUGUCAGAUGGGUCAUGGGUCCCACUGGAACAAUUGUUACAUUUUCUGAAGAUAUUGGACUACCAAGUAUAUUCAACUCAGUCCCUUGCAGUUAUCCGCCACCACGAGAAAAAUGUGUGGGUCCAAAUUGUACCAAUUCGUACAAGUAUCGGGAUUCUAAAUCCAAGCUUCCGCUGUGCAGUCUCUUCUGUUACAGGGCAAUACACUAAGAGGUGCAGCCUUUUAACUGCUGCUUGUUUCGCAUAACAUUGUCACUAUAUCUAUUAAGUUGGCAAUGAUAGAACUAGCCCAAUUUUUGUCUCGAUUAGGGUUGGUUUAGCCAAGUCGGAAUUUCAUUAUUCAAUAUGAUUAUGCUGGAACUGUUCAUGUGGAUCAUGUCUAACUCCUGUCAAAUUAUCUUUGAAAACUAGUAUGUUAAUAGUACUUUGUCCUAUCAUUGUAAUCCUAAUAUUCUUUGAUUAACUGGUUGUAAGUGGGUAGCAAUGUAGUGCCAUUGCCAUGUUCUGAAUGUUAACAUUGAGUGAUAGGUUUACUAGUCCUACUUGUU